AUGUUUCCUGAAUUUCUCAACAUUUCUACGAAUGAGAACGUGGUACUUGCCUACCAAGGCCUUAAUAUCUACGGGGGCAUUGUACUGCGUACCUUGGAUGCGUGGGACCCGUGUCAUUGGAAGAAGUGGCUAGCGCAGGUCAAAUCGACAGCUCAAAUUUGCGACGUCUGGCACCUCGUCGACCCCUUCAAAACUGAGCAUGAAGUGGCAGAAAAACUCAUUCAGAAGCCUACACCCCCAGAACCACUUUCAGGCGAUGAAGUUAACAUAGACUUCAAGUAUGUCAUCUGGAAGAGCAAAUUUAGGGUUUACAAGGCUCGAUACAGAGAGUGGGAGGACCAGCAUAUAGGCAUCAUGGCAGUGAAUAUUUAUAUCACGCAGCACCUGGACAUUAGGCUUCUUGUUCAAAUGAGCGACGAACUUAAAGACCCUGAUAAUAGUAGCUUUGAACCAUACGGCAAACUCACCUACCUCAGCGGUCGCUUCGAUCACACGGGGGUUAGUUCUAUCGAAUCAAUGCUGAAGUGGCGGCGAAUUCAAAUGGUUCCACCUUCCAGGGGCGUCGACGUGUUAAAAUGGCUUACUGAAUGGGAUAUCGCACGCCUUAACGCUAUUGCGACAGGCAUGGAGACUGAUUCGAAUCAUGUUAUCUGCUUUGUCGGCGUAGCGCAAUCCAUUCUGCCUGCCUGGGGGAAGCGGAAAAUGGCAGAACUUGCUCGGGGGACUAGCAAGAGAACGAGAAUUGAGGAUGUUAUGGCUGAUUUUCGCAACGCUGUCAAAUCCCGUUCGUAG